CGGACAGCGACGACGACAACGGCGACGGUGGCGAAUACACAGACGAAGACGAUGGCCGUCUCAGGCACACUGCGGCUGCUUUUCGGCUGGUCGCUCAAGCCUAUUGUCUUCCGCACGUCGAUAGUCUGCCUGGCGCAGUCGGUCAUCGUGCAGCUGCUCGGCCUUAGAGAGGUGCUGGGUCUCGCGUGGGACUGCGGCGCGGUCACCACCGGGCCAGUGACCGUCCCGGUGGUCAUCGCGCUGGGCGUCGGGGUCGCGAAGAGCGCGGGCAGGGGCUCCGGAGCCCUCAACGGCUUCGGCAUCGUCACCCUAGCCUCGCUCUUCCCGGUGUGCCUCGUGCUGACGCUCUCCAUGGCGCUCCGCAUCACGGAGGACCCCGAGGAGCUCGUCCGCUGGUGCGACGGCCCUCCCGAGCUGCCCGCCGGCGCGAGCAAGCCGGGCACGCCUCCCAGGGAGCUGACAGAGGUCGGGGGGCCGCCGCCGCCGCCGCCGCCGCACGGCAGGUGGGAGGUGCUCUGGUGGCUGUGCGGGACGACUCCGAUCUACGAGGCGCUGCUCGCCACCCGGGCCCUGGCCCCCGUGACGGUCUUCCUCGUGUGGCUCCUGCGGCACGUCGGGGAGAGCCUCCCCCUCGUGCGGGUGCAGCGGGCAGGCACCGCGGGCGCCUCGGCGGCCGACGCAGCCGCGGCGGAAGGCGCCUCGCCGGCCGGGGGCGCCGCGGCUGCGGCCUUCGUCAGGGAGUGCGGCGUCGGCCCGGGGCUCCUGGCCUCGUGGUGCGGCCUCGUGCUGUUCAACAUAGGGCUUACGUACGGCCUCACGGCGCUAGGGAAGCAGGAGGGCAAGUGGCUCCCCGAGGAGUACGCCGAGGUCCAUGGGGAGCUUCCGCUCCACAGGCAGCAGCUCGCUAACCUUGCAGCAAGCAGGGAGGAAGGCUGCGGCGCCGCCUUCUUCCUUCAUAGUCUGGGCGGCGACGGCAAGGACCCCGGUGAGGAGAUGCUGCAGGACGCGAGGGGGAACACCAAGGCGGACUUUUCGCUGCUUGGCAUCGAGUGGCGCGGGGUCAGUUCUAACCAGGGGGGCGACAGCCUGGGAGAGCAGACGUCUGACCAGCCGAAGGCCACACAUGUCCAGAGGCCGAGGGGGAUUGGCCAGCGGGCGGCGGAGUGCGCAGGGCUGGCGCAGCAUGCCCGCAGGCUGGGCAGGGAAGGGGCCAGCAUCAGGGCCAGCGUCAAAGCGCAGGCAGGAGAAGUCCGGCUGGGCCGGAGAGAGGAGCGCCGGCAGUCCACAGACCUCUCUCCAUGA